GUCAUCCUGCCCUGUCAACACAACCUGUGCCGCAAGUGUGCCAACGAUGUCUUCCAGGCGUCCAACCCCUACCUGUCCAGCAGGACGGGCUCCACAGUGACCUCUGGUGGACGUUUCCGCUGCCCGUCCUGCCGACAUGAGGUGGUCCUGGACCGGCAUGGAGUGUACGGACUGCAGAGGAACCUGCUGGUGGAGAACAUCAUUGACAUGUACAAACAGGGCAGCAGCAGUAAACCUGUUCCAGAGGUGAAGACUGAGCCGAUGUGUGAGGAGCACGAGGACGAGAAGAUCAACAUCUACUGCAGCAGCUGCUGCGUGCCCACCUGCUCGCUCUGCAAGGUGUUUGGAGCCCACAAGGACUGUGAGGUGGCACCGCUCAGCAGUGUCUUCAGCCAGCAGAAGGCGGAGCUAACUGACUGCAUCUCCAUGCUGGUUGGGAACAAUGAGAGGAUCCAGGCCAUCAUCAGUCAGCUGGAGGAAACCUGCAGAGCCGUCGAUGAGAACGGUCGACGGCAGAAGUCCAAGGUGUGUGAGGUGUUCGAUCACCUGUUCGCUCUGCUGGAGGAGAAGAAAGCUGAGAUGACGGUGAGGAUCAACGGCGAGCAGGAGGAGAAGCUCGACUACAUUCGAGGUCUGAACAGGAAGUACAGCGAGCAUCUGGAAGGAAGCGCCAAACUGCUGGAGACGGCCAUCCAGAACCUGGACGAAUGUGAAAUGUCCGUGUUCCUUCAGUCGGCAAAACCUCUGCUGCAGAAGAUGGUGCAGGCCACAGACACGUCUCACCUGGACAAGGUCCAGCCUGGUUAUGAGAACAUGGAGCACUUCAAGGCCAACUUUGAGCAUCAGAGGAGAGUUCUGAUGGACAUUGACUUCAUCAAAGUUGAGGAAGAUGAUGAGGACAGUGAGGAAGAGGCAGAGCAUCGGGGGUCCGAGACAGGAAGUCACUCUGAGUCACAACAACUGGUACCACCAGCAGCAGCCAAUCAGCAGCCUUCACCUUCACUUCUCAGCUUAGCCACGCCCCCUCAGAAACCAUCAGAGACGGCACAGACAAGGAGCCCCACCCACUCAUCAUCAUCAUCAUCUUCAUCAUCAUCAUCAUUGAGUCAGGUCAUCGCCCCUCUGCCCCUUCCUCCCAACAGAUCCAUCACUCAGUCCGAUGAACAGAGUGAUCCUGAGGACAGAGACGGUCCCAAACACGUCUUCUCCUUCAGCUGGCUCAACCAGAAAUAAGAGUUUAGAACCAGCAGGAUCAGUAGAACCUUUGGAACCAGAGAACUGAACAGAACCUUGUUAACCAAUGGAUGUUUGUUAAAGUUUGUAAAGAUUUCAAAAUAAAAGAUUCUUCAGAAAUGUU